AUGGUGCGGAUUUUCCGAUCCUUGGUCCAUCAUCCGCUCGGUCCUUUGAAGUCUCACGUGACUGGCACCACACCUGCACCUGCACCCUCAACCUCCGACCCGGCUACGCGACUGAACGCGCUGGAGGAGAGAAAAGUUCUACUUCUUGAGAAGAGGGUCAAAGCUCUCAAGGCAACGAAUAGAUAUCUUUCUAUCGGCGAAAAGAAAAAACUAAGCUGGCUGGUCGCAGCCCAAAACCGUAUACGGUCAGGGCUACUAACUUCAGCCCAAGUGCAAAGGCUUGAGCCGUAUCGCAAAUUAACUCCGGCCGGCCAAUUUCGAAAGUCGAGCCAUGAGCAGGACGAGGCGGAGGUCAGCAGGCACCUCAGGAUCCUCAACGGGCACACUGUGGAUGUAGACAGUCAUGAUACGUCUCAACACAACAUGCCGACCGUGAGGUACCGCCUGCCCGGAUCGGCGUGGGAAACCCAGCAAGCACGAUCACAAAGUCCACCUCAGCCAGGAGAUGUCCCACCCUCAAAGCAACCUGAACCCGUAGAAGCACCUGGACCACCCUUAACACUUGAGAGGCCCCCAGUCCCAGAAGGAGCAUCGCGUAUCUCUUCACCUCAGCGCUCUGGGGAUCCAAGAGCUCCCCGAAGAGUACCCAGUCUCAGGAACACUAUCGAACAACGAAUCACGAGUGCAAAAGCGUGGCUAUCCCAAUUACUGCCGAGUGUUAGUCCUUUUGCAUGGGGUAGCUUCCACGGCCGGACCGAAUAUGCUCGCCGCCUCUCAAAAUUUUUCACCCGACGAGACAGUCUCUUCUUUCACAUGUCCCAGGACCCCUUACGUUUCCAUCGGCCGCCCCCACCAAAACAUCUCGAUCUCUUCGACGCUGCCACCCGGGUUGUCCGCGUUGAGAAUGUUAUUGGCUACAGUUUCAAGAAUAAACUGCUUUGUGUAGAGGCUCUAAAGGUGAAAGGAGCUCGAACCCCGUUGUAUUGGCAAGGUGUUGUCACGCCUAUCGCUGACAACCGCAGACUCGCUCUACUAGGCGAUCGCACGCUGAAAUUAGCUCUGGCCGAAUUAUGGUGGGAGACCAAUUUACCCACCCAAGGCUAUGCCGUUCUAACCAGAAAGCUGGAAUCACGGAUGGCUCUAGCUUUGAGGGGCAGGGAGCUAGGCAUAGACGAUACUCUCCUCAUUCAGCGUGAACAUGGGUCGGUAGAACCUUACAUCAUCGGCGAAACACUUGAGGCAAUUGUGGGUGCCGUCUAUGUGGAUACCAACAGCCUGUCAGCUGUAAUGGAUCUAGUCAAGAAUUUACGCAUCGAGCACGACCUGCGCCAGCUUGCGGAGGCAAUGAAAUCACAGCUCGGGCCGACAGCAGUGGUAGACAAUCCAAUAGCGAACUUACCCCAAAACGACUCUGCAAUCGAUGUACCAAUCGCGCUUCCGACAGAGCAGCUACCAGCAAGUGCCCCGAAUUUAGAGGAGGCAAGUGCGGAACGUUCGCAUGAACAAUCUCGACAAAUAAUUGAAAUGUUCAAGAAAAGGUUAGGAACGGAAAAAUUGCUCGCUAGGAGACUACCACGCGACCGCAAAAGACAAUUGCUGGAAAGACUUGCGAUGCUAAAGCGUCAACUGGAGCAGAUUGGAGCCACAUCAGAGGAGUACGAGACAUUCAAGUCUAAAACGUUGCCUCAGGACCGAACCACAAUGUCACAGCAUGCGAUACUUAUUCGUGAGGAGCUACUCCUUGAGAAGCGGCUGCAAUCCGAGAGAAUGGGUCCGGCACGUGACCAAACUUUCGAACGACUCAGAUCUGUUCGGUCAAGAAUAAAGUACAUUAGUCCAGCUGGUUUCAAGGUUGAUGGUGCCACUAGCCCACACGAACGUUCGCCUCUACAAGCUAGACAAGUUGCAAAUCUCUUACGAACAAGAUGGGGUCUAGAGAGGUAUCUCGCUAGGCGCGGAUGGGAUCAAGGUAGAGUCAACUGUUGGAACAAGCUUGUGAAUGUCAAGAUUCAAAUGCAUUCCAUUGGAGUCGCACCAGCAGAGUACGAGGCAUACAAGUCUAAAAAUUUGACUCGGGAAAAUGGCUCGCUGAAUGUCUAUCAAAUCGUCCAAGGCCAUGUGAGAGACUUAGAAGAGCUGCUGGAUUCUGAGGGUAUGAGCCCAGAACGUCGUUGGCCUAUCGAGCGACAACUCCGGUUGGCGCGACAACAGGCGAUGUAUGUUGGCCCAUCGGCUGACUUCGAUGGCCUCACGGUAAGUGAGGACAUAAGAAUAAGCCAUGGCGCUGCCCCUGCCACUAGCAAGGAUACUUCAUUAAUUGACAUGGCAGUAAUGCAGGGGAUUCCGUUGGCUGAUGUAUCAGCACUCAAGGCCCAGGCUGCGUCAAGAUCAAUCACAAUUGAAGAUCUAGUGAUAAGUGUUCUACAAGAAUUUAAGAAGUUGUCCAGAGAUAUACGAAAACUGCGCGAAAUUAUGCGAGCUCAGGAUAGAACGAAGAACCUGGAUCAUAAUCUCCAGGUCGCAAAUGAGAAGUGGGAAAAUCUCCGUGCGGAAUAUACGACACUCGGAAUGGGAGGACAACGCCAAGCUUGGUGGAGGUCGCUCCGCGCGCUGACGAAUGAUCCACAACUUUUGGAAAAAGCGGAGUCACGAGACCGCCAGGAACAACCACGCUUGCACGACCGCAGCCCGGGGAUAUUGGACGGCGAGCAAUACAGGGAAGAUGAGGGAAAGGAAGAAACAGCAAAGGAAGAGCUGAACAUGGACGAGCCUCGAGAGCAGGAGGCAGCAGAGAAUGCAUACUGGGAAGAUCUGGCAAAGCAGAAAUCGAAGGACGAGCCGUCUUGGGAGAAGGGCGCAGAAAAGGCGGAACAGCAAUGGGAGCAACAAUGGACAGGCGAGGUAAAGGCAGAGGUCAAAGGGGUGGAGAUCAAGGACGCGAUGAUACCCAAGGUGGAACUCAUGAAGGAAGGCAAGGAAGCCGAAAAGACUCAGGACGGCUCCGGGGAGGAUUCGUCCGAUUUAGAGCGCUACAAGACGUGGAAAACGCAACACAAUGAAAUCUCGGGGGACUGCCCUCAGCCGAGCAAAAAAGGCAGGGGAACCAGAGGAUUGGUGCACUCGGACGUGGAGAACAAUUCCUGGCGUGAGUCGUAUGAUCAAGCCAAUCGAGAAAUCUUGUCGGUCACUGCGCUAUCAAAGGAAAUACCGCUUACUUCAGCAAUGGAGACAGCGAAGACUUCCAAGUCAAAGGAUGCCCAAGAGGGUGCCCAGGAUAAUGCUCAGGAGCAUGAAGCCAAAAUUGCCUCGCCUGUAAAACAAUCCCUCCGCAGUUGGAAAUCAAACCAGCAUGGAAAACUUCAGCGCGCUCUAGAACAGGCAAAGUUAGAGGCGGAUCUGGACUUGCCUCAAGAAGCCACAAUCUUGGAUUUCCUCAAAGCGAAAGGGCUGGUGCAUGCAGACAUUAUGGACAUGCAGUGGAAGCACCUGUACGCGAUAGCCGAAAAGGGCGAGAGCAUCACUGCGUUGUUGAGCAAGAGACCUCUUUCUUCAGCAGAUAUACCUUUCCACACCCUCCUCGUGCAAUGGAGAGCGCGGCAGCAGAAGAAUGUCGCCACGGGUUUGAAUGUCUCGCUUCCAAUAGGUCGACAUCUACUGAAUCUGCUGAAGGUUAAAAACUUGGCACAUUCAGACGUCGAGGCGAUUCCUUGGGAGUACUUGUAUCACCAGGUCGGAAACAAGAAUCUGUUUGAGUACUUGGUGAAGAACCCGCUUACUUGCUCAAGACCUCUACUCUUUGGAAAGCCAAAGAGACUGUCUAAGGACGCAGAGCCAGUGUCAGAUGAACCAUCUGGAUCAGUCGACCACCCUGCAGCCAGAGAAGAUGUCGAGGCUGCAGAAGAAAGCACGGUCGCAGAAAACACCAAGAUUGCAGGAGACACACUGUCUACAACAGAUCCUGAAUCGAUCAAAAGGUCUGUCGCUAACAGCGAGGACCAAGCUGUUCAAAAACCCAGGGCAUCUGCAAAGCUCUCGAAACAUCUCUCUUUUGCAGCUCAUGAGGGUCAAGUUGUUUGGCGAUCGAUACGUGGAUCUCGAAACACUGAUACAACUAUGCCAUCCAUCAGAACCGAGGGAUCCAGCGCUACUGCUGCCCCCGAAGCAGACCAAAACAAGCAGGCGAACCACGCGCAAGCGGUUACCCAGCCUGACGAUGAGGCCUCUUCUUCUGUUGCAGAGCCCACUACUAAGAUCAGGAAACCGGUGUACAAAGUAUACAUCCCGCCAGUUCCGCGAUCAGCUCAGGAGCAGGUGGAUACCAGCAACGAAGGUGCGAGCAAGGACCGGUGGGAUGAGUCGCCGGUGGAGGAGGCGACCAAGAGCGUGUUCCUCGAUAUUCUCGAGCGGUCGGGCUGGAAAACGCGCAAGGAGCAUUCUAAUUAUUGGGAUACGAAAGACCAUUGGGAUACGAAAGACCAUUGGGAUACGAAAGACCAUUGGGAGACGAAAGAACGUCCUGGCCGCUCGAUGCCAAGCGAAGAUGAUCCUGGCCAUUGGGACACGAAAGAGCAUCGUGGCCGCUCGAUACCACACAAAUAUGAUCCUAAUAAUGGGCAGAUGAGAGAUCAUCGUGGCCGGUUGAUCAUACGCAAAUAUGGUACAAUAUGA